AUGAUCCUUCCGCUUCUUUUCGUGAGUUUCCUCGUUUCUUCUUGCCUGGAUAGAAAACUUUUUGUAGUUUUGCCUAAUAUUCGAACUUUUUCGUCGCUGUGAAGAAGACUUUAAAAUGUUCAUCGUAAUUGAAAAUCCGCUAUAACAUUAUUUCCCUUUUCCUGAAGAAAAUAAUCAGUUUGACAUUUUUUUUUUUGCGAUUUCUUGCUGAAAGCUCGAUUGAUCAUAGAGAAAUUUAGAAUAAUCAUGACAAGAGAAAAACAGGUAGGUUUUUCAAAAUCAAGAUCCCAGUCAAGAUGGUCAAAAUUUAUUUUUUUAUUAUGAACAAUAUUAUCAGGAAUUUUCCAAGAGCAUACAGUUUUUAACCGAUUUUUACAAUGAAAAGAGCUAUUUCGAAUAUUUUCCAGUUGAUUUCAAAUGAAAAUCAACGAAAGAUAAGUUCCUUUCCAUUCUAAAAACUUCAUUGUUUCAAAUUCACAGAAAAGUUUUUUGAACACGAUGUGUAAAUCAUAGAUGCUUGUUUCCUUUGCUGGAGCUCAAUACAUGAUGGGCGGCUUUGGAAGGCCCUGUGGCGGCUGUCCUCCUCCGAUGUGCCAGCCUAGACCAAGUUGUGGAGCGCCGCCGAUUCCGAUGUGUCCACCUCCUGCUCCUUGUCCUCCACAGUAAAAUCAUUCCUUCUAGUUUAUCAACUUUCUCAAAAAAAUUCAGAUUCUGUCCGCCCCCACCGAUCUGUCCGCCACCACCUCCCCCGCCGAUGCCGCUUCCCUUGCCCCCCACCCCCCACCUAGACCUUCGUGUCCGUGCAUGGGGCGCACUUUCAUGCCUCUACCUUACCAGCCUCAAGUCUAUCAGCCAGCAAUGUACCAGCCUGUGUAUCAGCCGAUGCCCGUACCUGUCCCAAGCUCCGGAGGUUGCGGAGGCGGCGCGGUGGUUCCUGUUCCCAGAAUACCAGCUCAGGUAAACCAAACAUCACGAACUCAUUGAUUUCAAGUAUCCCUUUUAGAACGAUUGCUGUUGUGGAUGUUCAUCUCCUUGCAAGUACAAAAGCGUGCGACGAGCUGCUUUUGCGGCAAAAACUGUGGAUCCUUCCUGCAAUAACUCAGAGUUGAGAAACAUCAUUCUUGAUGUGAGUCACUCAUUCAAAGAUCGCGUGGUCGAGACUCUAUUUUAGAACAUUAGCGACGACGCUUCGGAAUCGAAAAGAGCAAUCCAAAAGGCCGCCGAAGAAACACUAGGAACCGAAGUUAAUGUCGUUUGCGGCCGUGGAGAGUUCAGCUACAUUGCUCAUACGGAAUCCUUCUGUCAGACUUCGAAAGAAGACGUCACAUGUUAUGCAUUCAAACCUUUAUGA